CAGAGGAUCAGGUGGAUAUGUCAAUCUUUAGCUCACACAGACUUCUCCUAUCUGGCUGGAGGCGCUGCGCGAACGGAUGCGUAUUUUUACUUAAAUCUAUAUAAGAUUUUUUUUUCAUCUCUUAAUUUUUAUUUAUAAAAAAGAACUGGACUUAAUCAACUAUGGGGUCUGCCUCAGAUUCAAAGGAGAUAAAUAUAUCAGUGUGGGUCUGCAGAGAAGAGAAGCUGGUUUUCGGUUUGUCAAAGCGCAACACGUGCGCGGAUGUUGUGAAAGUGUUGCUGGAGGAACAGCGCGCGCAGCCCGGCCUGUCCACGACAGAGUCCCACUGCAUCGUGGAGAAAUGGAGGGGCUUCGAAAGAAUUUUACCGAACAAAACAAAGAUCCUCAAGCUGUGGAUCGCGUGGGGAGAUGAACAGAAAAACGUGAAGUUUGUACUGGUAAAAAAAGACGCGUCUUUGGAGAGCCGCAGGGCCCGCAGCGCAGAGGCGCGUGUGGUGCCGAGCAAGCAGACCCCCGGUGGGACCAAAGGGUCUACGAAGUCCAACAUGGGAAGCAUCUCGCCGGAAAAACAGCGUCGGAUUGUUAGAAAAGCUUUCAGAAAGUUGGAGAAGAUCAACAGAAAGAGGACGCGGUCUGCGCACAGAGACGCGGAGAAGAUGGAGACGUUGGUACAUGUCGUUGUGUCUCAGGACCACACAAUCCGCCAGCAGGUUCAAAGGAUGUCAGAACUGGAUGCAGAAAUAGAUAGGUAUGAAGCCAAUGUGCAUACUGAUAGAAUUAAAAGACACGGGGUUAAUUAUGUGCAGAACACGUAUCUUUUUGGCGCAGCUUCGGUCUCAGCGCAGGAAGGAAAGGAACUAAACUCAAAAGAGACGCUUGCCAAACUUGAGGAGUAUAGUCGGCAGUGCGAGCAGGUGCUGAAGCUUCAAGAAGAGCUUCUGGAGCAGGAGGCAAUCAUAGAAACGAUCACAGCUCACAUUCAGGAGGAGCUGAAUCUGCGCUGGAUGCAGCGCAGGAAAGAGGAGCUGCGCUCCAAACGCGCUCCAUCCCAGCCGCCCUGCUCACAGACACACUCAGCAUCACAGAGCGAACAGUAUAUGGAGGAAGAGAGGAUCAAAACGCAGCUAGAUGCGAGUUUAUACAUUGGCCUGCGACUCAACGCGGAUUUAGAGGCUAUUAGGGGGGAUUUGGAGCUGUCCCAGCAGAUUGGCACCGCUAAAGAGAAGGAAAUGAGGGAUUUGCUGGAGAAAGUGAACAGUUUGAACAUGGAGGAGGGGGACGCGGAUGAAGUUACGCGCAUCCAUGGGACAGAAGACAAGGAGAUCCUGAAUGACACUUUGAAAGGAGGGAAUGAGUGGGCGGAGCAAGCCAAGGGUCUAACUAAACCUGAAAAUAUAAACGAUGACGACUCAGACACAGGCUUAAGUUCUCUGCACAGUCAGGACUCAGACGGCCUUCCUGUGUGGGAAUCACUGGUUUAAGACUUUAAAAGAAAACUGACUUAUGUAGCCAUUGUCUUUAUAUUCUUAGAUAAAAACAUAAUUUAAGGCUCAUGGAUUCAAACACAAUAUAAAACCUAUUAGAUUUAAUAGUUAUAACUGUGGACAAUUUUGUAUUUUUUUUUUCUGAAAAAUGAUUUAAAAGCUUGAAAACUGGAGUUUAUUUCAUUUUCAUCAUUACUUAAAGGAAGCUUUCCACAAUAAAAUUAAAGCUUCUUCUGCAGAUUUUAAAUAACAUCUAUGUUUUAUCCAUGAUUCCUCAUUCUAUUAUUCCUUUUGGUGUGAAUUACAUGUCAAAAUAAGACCUAAAGCCAAAACAGCAAACAUUGAUCCUUCAGAUGGCUUUUAACUUUUUAAUAUAAACCAAACACAUCCAACCAAAAUCUUGGUACAGCACCAAAAACAUUUUACGUUCUAACAACUUACUGCCAAAAACCUUUUGCUUUAGACAUAUAUAAACGCAUAGGAUAUUCACUUAAUGUUUUUAAUUAAUUGAAACCAAUAGAGGCCAUCUGCAGUUUUGAGUGCUGUAAGAAAUCAGUGUUCAAGAGGAGACAACAUUUAGACAAUUUUUUUGUUGUUGUUCUUGGGUCAAUAGUCCCUAUUAGAACUUUGAAAAAAAAAUUUUUGAAAGAAGCACCCUGACAUGUCCUGAUUUUGCUGAGAAAUCAGAGGAUCCCAGAGGAUAAUCUAAUCUUGGAUUUAAAGAUAUUUUAAGGCACUGAUGACAUUUUUAGAUUUAAUGUGAGAGUUGAUCUAACAUACAAUAGUUGGAGGCAAGCUUGUAAGGGUAAAUUAAAAGUUUCCAAAAUGGAGUUAUUCUUUUUAGAUUCAGUUGUCAUAACAAAAAUAAAAAAACAGGCCUCAAGGGUUUAUAAACUUUUAAUUUGUUGGAUAAAGAUGACAAAUUAUCAAAGAAGUCAAAUAAUAGCACAGAUGUCCCUGUCAGGUCACAACACAUUUAUUCAAAGGAACAACUCAAUACAAAUACUAGAUGCAUUUGCAUUGAACAAGCACAUUCUCAUUAUUUUGUGUAAAAUACAGAAAAGAGAAAAACAUAAAGUAAUUUGUCUUUUUAACAUUCAUAACAAAAAGACCACCAAGUGUGGUAGCUGCAGCAUAAACAGGAGCAUCUGAGGACAAAAAAAGUUGGAAAAACAUGGCAGUUCUUCCGCCUCACUGGAUGCCAAAGUAGAAAAUAAAGAAUAUUUAUCAGUAUUAUGUCAUCUUAAUGAAAUUCUGCUGAAACAAAAAUGCAUUCUGAGAGAAAAAAUGCACAGAUAUACAAUAAAUGAGAAACACAGAAAUAACUAGCAUCUUUAGGGGAAGGUUUAAAAAUGUAGGAACAAGAAAAUAUGUGAGUGAAAUGGUACAAGUAGUAUUUAGUAUUCACACAAAGUGGUGUUUGUGGUGAAGCAGUGAAUGAAAUAGACUGGUGGUUUGUCAGAUUUCCAGCAGGAGUGAUUAGUAUCUGCCUGCAAGAGCGACUGCCUUCACAGCUUUGGGAAAGCUAAAAUUCUAUUUGUUUUUAGAUGUAAUUCCUGAAUCAUUUUCCUGAUUGGAGUAGGAAACAUUGUGUCUCCUUGUGCCUCUAGAAGGUCAACUAAAUUAAAAUAGUUAGAUUUUUGUUUUUAUUUAAAAAGUUGAAUGUUUCGUUUCUGUUGUGCCUCAAGAUAAGAUUGCAUGACUAUAAACAUCAAACCAUGGAAGGGGUAACCACCCUCGUUAGCUGUUAAAUAUUGCAUGGGUGGGGAAAAAAAGGGAGGAAAAAUAAGGUGAUCACUUAAUCUGCUUGUAAUUUAAACCUAAAGUAUACAAUGCAUUGAGUUUGCAAAUACGUGUAUGAGCAUAAUUCACCUAGAUCAAAUUCUCUUUUGCACAGGAAAUUUAAAAUCCAGACUUCAUUGAAUCCAUAAAUAUUCUCAGCUCAGAGAAUAAAGAGCUUGAGAUCUAUAUUGAAUUUCUACCUCUAAUGAACCCACCCAUGUGUUUUUUAUGACCUGUUACACGAUGAUAUAUAAAACAAGACCAGAGUAUACAAUACUUCCCCCAUCCCUCCAGUUGUAUACUUAUGGUGGUUAAUCGGUGUAUUGAAACACACUAAACCACAGGGGAAAUGGAAGAUGUUUUCCCAGCAUAUUCAGUGACUGAUUGACAGAAAAAAAACAUAGUGAAAAUGUUAACUGUUGAGCUUUCAGAAUACAGUAUGCUGAGAUAUUUUCUGUUCUCACUAAUGACGUUUGCUUGAUAUAGAUUCAAAGAAAUUAUAAUUUGUAAUGCAGCUCUUAGUGUGGAUAUUUUGCCGGGAAUAUCUGUUGUUUCUGAAUGAUAGUUUUGAAUUUGUUCUUGAGUUUGUUCAUAUUUUCAUGUAUUUUGUACAGACUUGUUGUUUUUAAAUCUUUCUCAUAAAUCGGAGGCAUGAAGAAGCUCGUUUAGAGGGAAAUAAAAUUGGAGGUGAUGAACAAAAACUCUUAAACUUUUAAAAUCAAGAAAAAACACUUUAUAAAUUGGGGCAGGAAAUGUAGCCACAAGGUAGGUAAGAAGAUGAUUUUCAUCUUGAAUAAAACCAGCUUUUAUAGAAAGAGGGGAGUUCUUGAAAAGAUAGUCUAUUUUAUUAGAGAUUAUCAGGAUAUAAUAAUAAAAAACAAAAACUCUUGCAUUUUACCCCCAAAAAAAUAAAUAAAAUACACAUGCAUGAUGAGGUGAGUGUUUGCAAUCAUUGACCUCCAGGACAGAUUGAUUAAAGUGAACUUUUUUAUUUUGAAAAAUAAUACAAAAUCUAGCAUUUGGGAAAGCUCUGAUGCCUUACUUCAAACAUUCAUAUGUUUGGCCCACUCUUCCAUUGAUGGUAGUUAAAUUGAGUCUAUAUAAAUCAGUGUGUAUAAACCAAAACUUGCAUCAUCGUGUUUUGUAACAUCUGGAACAGGAAGUCCUCAGGAUGACGUCUUAUAAGCCUGGCACAUCCAGAAACUGGGAUUUCUAUUUAGCCUUUAAGACAGAACAUCUUCUUCAGGACGGAUGACUUGGAUGGUUUACUGCAAUCUUUAAGUCUUAACAGAGAUUAAAAACCAGUAAGGCUCUAAAAGGGCACAGCUUUUAUAAAAGUUUCUUUAUACGGUAUUAUCCACCAUUCCUUUAAUUCAUUUGAGAAAAACACAGACACACACUUUUCUCCUGAUCUUUUUUAAGAAGUGCAGUUCCUUUUUAAAAUUUGAUGCCUUUUUGUUUUGAUUCUGUGGCAGAAGCUUCUCCUAUUGGAUUUUAUCAUUCUGAAAUAAUCAUAGAAGGCAUAGAAACAAGAA